ACACAACCCCACUCCCUCCCCCUCCUCAUCCGACCGAAUGAAGCGCACACGUGAGGCGUUCGACGUGAGGAAGGAGGUCUUCGCCGUCGGCAAGAUGUGCGGCGAGGAACGGAAUUUGCUGCGCAAGCGAUUCCGGGCGGAGCUCGUUGCUGUCCGUGGCCUGCUCGAGAAGGCGGAUCGGCUCUUGGCCCCCGGAACCGCCGAGGGCUGCCGCGGUGGUGCGGCGCCUUCUUCCUCGUCCGGCCUGGCGGCUCUGCCCGGCAAGGAAGUAGGGCGACCCAUGUUGGGCACCGAACCACGAUCCGGCGGGUUGGUGAAGGCUGACGACGGCAAGAGGAGGGUGAAAACUCCUCUGGCGGAGCACAAAGAGGCGCCGAAGAUGACCCCGGCCGACCGGCAACAUCUUGCGUUCAGCCUGGUGGCGCUAGCGGCAGAACUGUCAGACCACGCCGUCGAGCUCCUGCCGAAGCAGAGCCAUGGCGGCCGACGGGUGAUCGAGGCAAACGUGAACGCCAUGGAAGACGCGGCCCUAUUCGAGCUAAAGAUGCACGUGGACAAGCUCAUCAAAACGAGGGAUCCGUCCCUGCCGCCGCAAGAUGACAGCAAGAUUGUUGGGGAAGAAGCCGACGAAAAUGGCAGGCGCGUCGAUAUCUGCCCCGGUGUGUCUCCCGUGGUGACCGCCCCGUCGCCACUCCUACUUGAAAUUCUUGAAUACGCGGCCGUCUUCAAUGCAACCGGACUAGUCGACAAGAUGCUGUCACCGCUGCCGCAGAAAUACCUGGCGCUCGCUGAAAAGGGGGAGAAGGAGUGCGUCGCCGAAAAGGAGGACGAUGAGGAGUACGUCGACAUCUGCGGCGACGCCUCGCCGGUGGUGUUCCAGAAUCUUGCUGGUGCAAUCAGCCACAACCCAAGCAUUAUCUUAAGCAGCGAUUCUGAUUCUGACUCUGACCCAGACAUCGGCUCCGACAGUGAUUCCAGUGACUCUGGUUCGGUCUCCGACAGCCACUGCGAUGAGAAGGGCGGCACUCUAGCUCCGCCAGUUCUUCCUAAGGUUAGCAGCAGCCUAGCUCCAUCAGUUCUUUCCAAAGUGAUUGGCGAUUCUGCACCACCAACGGAGCCAACACUGGAGGUGGUACAGAAUGGAGAACUAAAGAAGCUUGACAGUCCAGCUCCAGCAAUUCUUCCCAAGGUGAAUGGUGAUUCUGCUGUCGGGCCAUCGGAGCUACAGAAUGCAGAAACAGAGAACGAUAGUAGUGUAGCUCCAUCAGUUCUUUACAAAAUGGUUGGCGAUUCUGCACCUCCAUCGGUGCCAGCAAUAGAGGUGGUACUGCAGAAUGGAGAACUUAGCAGUCCAGCUCCGGCAGUUCGUCCCAAGGUGCAUGGUGGAUCCGAUGGCCAGGCAACGGUGGUACAGAAUGCAGAACCAGAGAAGGUUAGCAGUCCGUCUCCAGCAGUCCUUUACAAAGUGGUUGAUGGUUCUGCACUGUCACUUGAGGUGGUACAGAAUGGUUUUGAAACAGAGAAGCUUGGCUGCCCAGCACCAUCAGUUCGACUUCUUUCUAAGGUGAAUGAUGGUUCUUCCCUGCUAUCAUCGAAGCCUGCACCGGAGCUGGUGCAGAAUGCAGAACCAGAAAAUGUCUCAGACAAGCCUGCAACUGCGACGGCGCCUCCGGUGAGGCCAAUGAGCGAGCUGAUCGCCAUGGCGCUAGAAAAGCGGCGGCGGGAGGAGAGGUCCCAGGCGAGGGAGAAAGCCCGUCAGGGGCUGGUGGACAUGGAGAGGUCGGCCAUGACCAGCCACAGGGUACACCCAGUGGACAUGGAGCAGCUUGGCAUCGUUCACGUGGAGCACAUGGUGAGCCAAGGAAGACGGCCUGGUGUUCCUCCCAGUCUGUUGCAGCAGCUUGGUCUCUUCCUGAGGGCUGAUGAAGACGACGGUGGAGAGCAGCAGCAGCAGCAGCAGCAGCAACAACCAAUCUCCGAUUCCGGCGUUGAAGACCUGGAGGAAGGGGAGAUUCUGUUCUAG